CGAGCUAACAGCCACGACUGUUGAUUCGCAGUGUAACAUCGUUGAUCCCGGGGAAUCCAAAAUCGCUUCAACCGUGGAUCACGCAGGCGAAGUCGGCCAGACGGCGGUCACCAAGCACCGGAAAUCCCGGCGCAAGAAACCAAAGAACGCCGGCGAUUCCAAAGUAAAGGAAAUGACAAAUACCUGCAACGAAUACCGGAAGGAGAUACAUAAGCCUUUUGUUUUGUCAACGAUGCAAACGGCACCAUCGUAUCCCGUGACGAUACAGAAUCAGACUAGCUCAAGCACAGCUAUACGACCUAGAUCUCUUUAUACUGCACACAAUUAUCAUGUUCAAUCUGAAGAUUCCAAUUUUCAACGAUACAAUGAGUUGUCCAAGUAUUUCGAGCCUCCGGCUGAACAAUGGAACGGGUUAAAUGGAGGAUCAGCGGCGAUCUGGCGACAACCUAGGAAGUCGAUCGGCGUACCUUAUUAUGCAAACGAUGAAGCUUCCAUUUAUACAGAAAACUGGAGGGAGCAUGAUACUGACAGUGGUGUUGGCGGUGUUGUUGCCACUCCCCAUGGUACGAUAUCAUUGAGGCUGCACAAUAGGAUACGCGUGGACAUGACCAUUGAUCGCGCCGUCCGGGUCAUUAACUUUAAGAAUAACAUUGUCCUUUCAUUGAGCGGUUCCGGAGCAGCUGCCGCUUUGUUACAUCCCAAUGGUAGGAUAUAUCAAUACGGUUCUCGGGUGGAGAUAGUUGCUCACGAUAUGCAUGGCAAUAACAAAUAUGCGAAAAUGUGGUAUAAAGGAGUCAGUUUCACAUCAGAGCAAUGCGCGCUAGUUUAUCUGGUGGAUACAGCUGGGACUAGGACCACAACAGACUCCUUCUCGGAUAUGAGUCAGGACUUUUCGCUCAGUGUCUUUUACUCAGACUCUCGUCAUGGACCAACAUGUUUGCAAGAAGCUGCGGCACAUCUCAGUACAGCUCAGUAUUGGCAAACAGAUGAAGGAGUUGAGAAUUGGAUUAUCAACAACAUUAGAAUAUCUCAGACUCCCGAUGGUCUCGUCAGGAUUGCGCGAAAUAGCAACAAGUACCAAUUACGUACAUCGCCUAGCAAUGGCACGGCGUCAUUGACAACGCCCUUUUUGCAUUGCACUGCGUCUCUGGGUCAGACAUCACAUCUAUUCGUGCGUCGUGGCGAACGCCGCAUGCACUACGACGGCACCAGUUUUAUAGUGAGAAAUGCGGGUCAUAGCGCUGGUUUUGAUGACAAUAACCAAUUGAAAGUCUACUAGGAGAGUACGCGAACAACUUCAUUUUCUGCUAGGUUUGCCUGUAAACAGCAUUGGAGUAAUGCUAACUCGGAUUGUUAAAUAUGUCCUUUCGAGGCUUCUGCCAGUGACGGAUUAAUCUUAAACGCGUGACGAAAAUUUUAAAUAAUUUUUUGAAAAAUAAAGAAUGUUCAUGCUUGCAAAUUUUGAAAGUCUUCCCAAAUAGCAAAAGUAGUCAUCUUAACAUCAAAUUACAAAAUGAAGUUUUUAAAAAAAGUAACUUAGAUUACUAUUAUAUUACUCUUCAAUUAUGCCCAAGCUUUUAUGUUUAGGGAAUUAUUUAUGUUUGAGAAUUUCAUUUUGCUAUAGUUUAGUAAUUUAAUUGAAUUGUCUUAUCUGAUAUGUUGGUUUGAUGAGAGUAAAAUAGUUUUUAUAAGAAAUUCAACUGAUCUUUAUUAUACAAAAAGUUAUAUGUAACUA